ACUAAAAUUCUGUCGCAAAUAAAAGGCAACAUAAAUUCUUUUGGGUUUCCUAAUUCCUACAUACACUCCUUUUCGUAUUCCUCGUCUUCCUCUGUUCUCUGUAUAUAAUUGCUCCGUAUCCUAUAAAUUCAAACACCCACUAAUUAAUUUCAACUGUUACCCAGAACAUCUUAAAACCCAGAAUUUCAAAUUUUAACCCAGAAAAUCCAAACACUGAGAAAUUCAAUUCUUCUUUGUUACUCUGUUCUUUGAUCAAACUAUUUCCCAGAAAAUCCAACAAUGAUCCAGAAAAUUUAAUUAGAAACUCGGAAAUUAAAAAGAAGAUGGCAAGAAAAUCGAGGAAGAACAGCUUCGUAAUCAUCCUCGCCAUUGUCACCUUCUUAGCCACUCUAUAUCAUCACUUACACCAAUCUCCUUCUCUCACCUCAGCCCGCUUCCUCCGCCGUCCUCUCGAAACUCUUGAUUCUCUCCCCCCUCCUCCACCACCACCGAGGCCGUCUCUUCUUCCUUUACAACAACAACAACAACCACCACGACCGCUUUCUGGGGUGGCGGUUUUGAUUCCUGAUUGGGAAGUCCUCGUAAUCGUACCGCCUCAAACACCAUUAAUUCCACCGUUAGAGAACAAUUACAUCUGCGUUUACCCUGAUAAAUCCUCUCCGCCAGCGAAAUUCGCCGGGAAACUCCCUUUCAAUGGUGGUUACGCGUUUAAGUGUGAGUUUCCGGCGAGUAAUCGCCGUCGUUUACCAUUUUUUCAACCUAUGUUAUUCUGUGCAGAGGAGAGAGAAAAUCUUCUCAGUCAACCUCUGCCUCCUCCUAAAGAACUCUUACGGUGGAACUUCAUCGUAUACGAUUCCUUCACCACCGAGAACGACGUCGUAUUGUUCGUUAAAGGGGUCAAUAACCGUCAAGGAGCCACGAGACCGCCGUCAGAUUUCCGUUGUGUUUUUGGACAUGAUUCUUCAACGGCUAUUAAAACUCCCGUUACUUCCGCCAGUCAAGAGGUUUUCCGUUGCCUUCGUCCGGAAAUGACGGGGAGCCGCCCGAUCAGUGUAACUAUUGAAAUUGUGGAGAAUGAUCGGAGGGCUGUGAUCAUCCCGUCUUUGGCACAAUAUACACCGGAUAAUGAGCGCACGAUAAUGCAGUCAGAGAAGAAGUCGCUAAUAUGCGCCUGCACGAUGGUUUACAACGCGGGGAAGUUUUUGAGAGAGUGGGUCAUGUUUCACUCCAAAAUCGGCGUUGACAAGUUUAUUCUUUAUGAUAAUGAUAGUGAUGAUGAUUUGGCAGCCCAAGUUGUAAGUCUUAGAAAAGAAGGCUUUGAUGUUCGUACUGUUUAUUGGGUUUGGCCCAAAGCACAGGAGGCUGGCUUUUCGCACUGUUCACUUUACUCGGCCCGAAUAUGUGAAUGGGCCGCAUUUGUGGACGUUGACGAGUUCUUUCUCUCUCCUACGUGGCUCGACUCCCCUCAUCCGGCCGCUCACAUGUUGGGAUCACUUUUGCCAAAAGAACCAGAUUUGGAACGUGUUGGACAAGUGUCAAUAAGGUGUAUUGAAUUCGGUCCGUCGAAUCAGACAACUCACCCGAUUGAAGGAGUGACCCAAGGAUACACGUGUCGUCGCCAAGCGGAUCAAAGGCAUAAGUCAAUUGUUUACCUUCCAGCUUUGGAUCACUCCCUUAAGAACGCGGUCCACCACUUUGAGACGAGAGUUGGAUAUAAAACACUUCACGUUGAAACGAGUCAAGCUAUUGUAAACCACUACAAGUACCAAGCUUGGCCCGAGUUCCAAGCCAAGUUCCGUAGACGAGUGUCAGCAUAUGUGAUAGAUUGGCAACAAAAUUUGAACUUGGAGUCGAAUGAUCGAGCGCCCGGUCUAGGGUCUAAGCCAAUUGAACCACCGGAAUGGUCUCAAAAGUUUUGUGAAGUAAGGGACGAGAGAAUGAAAGUGUUGACUAAGAUGUGGUUUGGGGCUAGUGAGUCCACUAUGGCUUGGCAAAGUGCUUAGCUAUAUGUUUUGGAGGAUGAUUUAAGUGUAUAUAUUAGUUUUGCCCUCAUAGAUAGAAGGGAAAAACAGGAAUAGGGAGUUAAAUUACUGUUUUGUAAACCGUUGGUUAUUUAGCAACUUUAAUACAAGUGUCUAACGAGGAUACCUUGUGAUGAAAGUUGUUUUUUUUUGUUAUAUACUCAUCUAUCAUACUUCUGUUCGGUUUUAGUCGCAAUGUCUACUAUUCAACUUAAUUUUUGCAAUGCAAUGGAUAGGUAUUAAAUUAUAUUUGUGUC